GCACCGGCUAAUAUAUAUCCCCAUUCCCCAGUGCUAGCCCACCACCAUCCGCACGACAUUUUCGCCACCCAACCCGGCAAAUCGCCAAUCGCCGUCGUCUUCUUCUUUGUCUCCUCCAGCGAGCCACAGCCCACAGGAAUCCUCUCCGACCAAGAAGAGAAGAGAAGAGAGAAGGGAUGGGAGGGUUCCAGCGGCAGGUGAAGGAGCGGACCAUGGAGGUGAAGGUGGCGGUGCUCAAGGGCGUCAGGGUCGUCGGCGACUUCGGCAAGAAGACGUGGAACAAGGUCAAGGCCAUCAAGCGCUGAUCGAUCCAUCCAUCGCAUCUCACCCGAUGUGUGCUUCGUUCCUUCGCUCCAGUCCACUAGUUGCUUCAUGUAGUACUGCCUGAUAGGAUAGCCGUCUGGCCUUGUGCUCUCUUUUUUUUCGGUUGUGGUUUGGUUGUGAUUUGGUUUGUUGGAUCUGUUUUGAGGCAGCUUUUGAUGCAUGUGAAAAAUUGUCUGUCAGUGUGAUCUAUAUUUAGCCCUGUUUUAUA